GAUAAUGGAAUAUAUGAUUAGGGAAAAUGAAUUUAUUUCCCGUCAGAAUAUGUUAAGAGUAAGAAUUCUGCCCUGAACUGGAUCGGUUAGCCGGACCUGGUUUCGUUCCUUUGGCUGUUUGGGUAACCAGUAACGCGGCUGUUGCUGGUUGGGCAUAAACCCAUUCCUAAUUUCCGGCCGCCGGCCACGAUACCACAACCGGCAAGCCGCCCGCCGCAGGGUAACCGAUUUAAGAUACGUUUGCGAGAUGGUGACACCUUUUCCACCUUUGACUAAGGAGAACAGGUCGGCCAGUAGGUUGUGAGCGAGGCAUCAGGGUGGCCACUGACCUGGAUAAGAGGCCGGGCCGGUUACCCUUUUCUGGCUUGCAUGGGUUUUGUCUUAGUAUAGUCUGCCAGAUGUUUCAUUCAUUUUCAGGUUAAUAAUGGGUAGUGAGAAGGCCAAAAGAUACAUUAUGGUCAUCGGUCCCAUUACUGCUGAGAUGAACGAGACUUUGUUGGAGAACGCCAAGGCUGUUCAGGGGGAGGCGUUUGAGAAGGACAAGUACCAAUGCAUUCUCGUUUACGCUCCUGGGCAUCCUUACUUUAAUGAGAACAUGAUUAAAGGCAUUUUACAGGCUGGCUGUGCCAUUCUCACUGUUGAUUCCACCGUUAGUAGUUUUGAAGUUGGCACUUCCAUGAAUGGAGAGACUUAUGAGCUUCCUGGACAGACCUAUAAGCAUGCGUAUCUUGCUCAUAUGCUUUGUAUCAAGCAGAUUAUCUGUUGCGUUGACAAGAUGGAUGCAACCAAUCCCGAUUACUCAAAGGAGAGGUAUGAUAAAGUUGUAAAGUCAACCUCUUCCUCCUUGGGGAAGAUUGGCUUCGACCAGGCCAGUAUCUAUUUUGUUCCCAUACCAGGUUCGGAAGGGAACAACCUGGCUGGGACGUCUCCAAACCCUUUCUGGCACAGAGUUCCGACUCUCCUUCAAGCACUUAACCAGAUUGAGCUGCCUGAUAGACACUUUGACAAGCCCCUCCGUCUCCCGAUUGAGUAUGCUGAGGUGAGUGGCAAAAAUUAUACCAUGGUAACUGGUUGUCUAGAGACCGGAUCCCUCAAGGCUGGACAGGAGGUCAUUCUUGCCCCAACUCGACACAAAGGCAAAGUUAAAUAUAUUUACGUUGAUGAUAAGCCUGUUCAAGAGGCCUCGGCUGGUGAUAGUGUUCGUUGCAACCUGAAGAACAUAGAUGCAAAGGUUCUGAAAGCUGUGUGUGUUGCAUCCGACUCUAAAGAUGAUCCCGCUAAAGAAGCUAUUCGUUUUACAUCCAACAUCAUUAUCACCGCCAACUACCGUGGGGCCACAUUUUUUGAAGGAUAUACACCAAUUAUCGAUUUCGGCGGCUAUCAUGGUGCUGUGAAGUUUGAGAAAUUCCUUCUCAGGAUUGACCCGACCUCCGGGGAGUAUGAGCUAGGGCCUAAACUUUUGCAGAAAGGUGAUGCUGCUACUGUCGAGAUGGUUCCCCUAAAGCCUAUGAUUGUGGAACCUUUUGCAGAGUACCCACCACUGGGAAGGUUUGUUAUCCGCAACAACAAACGUAUUGUUGGUGUUGGCGUUGUUGCUGGUGUGGAGAAGACGAAUGAUCCUAAUAAUGAACGUGAAAGAACAAAGUCUGCUUUCAAGAAGUUAGCUGAGCUAUUUGGGCCUGCUUUGCUUGCGGUAGGGAUCAAUCUUGCUGGCGCUCUGGCAAAUAUCUGAUCAGUUGAACGGAACCUAUGGUGUUUUUUUCUUCUUUUACCCCCUUAAAUCUUAAAAGGCAUAACAUAAGCGCCACUUUUUCCCCCUAAAUUUUAACUGCAGUAUUUAAGAUUUGGUUUAAAUCAGACACUUUAAAACAAUUUAAUUGCAAUCGUUGCUGUUAUUCAAAAUGUGUUAGAUUUAACGGAAAGAAAGUAUAUUGGUAAUGGUACGUUUUUAUAAUUAAUUUAUAUUCAAGUAUAAUAAUAUUUUAUAUAUUGGAAUAGUUA